AGUGUUCAGCUUGAGAAAGCGAUGGGAUGAGCCAGGGACGCAAAGUCAAAGCAGUAGCCAUGACGAGCGAAGAAAGAAGACGACGCAGCAGGGGAAUCAACGUCCCCCCCUGCCGGUGCCGGUGCCGGUGGCCCCGUAUCCAUCCAUCCAUCCAUCCCAAAAGCCCCGGCCUUUUCACCUUGUCCCCUGCUUUUCCCGCACGAUUCCGUUCCAUUUCCCCGUUGCAUCUCAAUAACCUACGGAGAGCGCACAGCCUUGAGGCCCCAAGAGCUGUUGGUGCCGGAGGCCCGGAGAGGAGAGAGGUGUAUUGCGUGUGGCGUGCGCGCUCAUAUGGGUUGAGCGGGCGGCGUGUGAGGGGCGUGGUCCACGGAUGGAGAACAGAGCUACGGCGGGCGCCGUCGGCAGCGGCGGCAGCCUCGGCCUCCGCGUCGGGCAGGCCGUCUUCUCGUCGGCGUCCCUGCUGUUCAUAUCCGUCGGCGUCGAUUUCUUCAGCUACACCGCCUUCUGCUUCAUGGUCACAAUCAUGGGUUUGCUGAUCCCCUGGAGCUGCACACUGGCCAUGAUCGACGUGUACUCCAUACUCGUAGGAUGCCAUCUUCGGGUGCCGGGCGUCAUGGUCAUCGUUGUUGUGGGAGACUGGGUCCUGUCGAUACUCUCGUUUGCAGCCGCCUGCUCGAGCGCCGCAGUCAUCGACCUCCUCCUCCAGUUCCAUGGAAACCAAUGUUCCCCAAGGUUCUGCGGGCGGUACCAGUUGUCUGCUAUGAUGGCGUUCUUAUCCUGGUUCCUGACGGCCGCUUCUGCGUUCUUCAACCUCUGGUUCAUCGCCUCCCGGUGAUCACUGCUGGUCCCAGAAAGUGCCUCCAGUCAGAGAUUGUUUUUCGGUAGAGUAUACAUAAUUUGGAGGGCUUAUGCUGCUUCAGGCACCUUUAGUGUUUGACCAAUUAGAGCAUGAAUUGCACAUGAGUCAAUUCAGUCAGUCAGGAGCUGUUUCUGAAUUGGCUCGUCCCGUUGAAUUUCAUCUCUAGCUAGUUUUUUUUUAUAAUGGAAAAAAAUGUAAUGGCCUCUGCAUUGUGUGAUGCACAAAGCCCAGUAUUUUAUUACAUUGUUUCGGCAUAAUCUCUAGUUAGUAUUGUAAUGGUUCUAACAUCUGGAGAUUUUGUGCACAAAGAAACAGCAAUAGUUUGACGAAUGAA